GCCAAUGUUCGUUUGCCGCGGCGUGUUCAAUUUCUUUUUUUAAAAUAGAAAAUGUUUUGUAUGUCUUGAAUGUUUGACAAAAUGUAUACAAAAGUUGUUUGUCUAUUGAACUGUCUGUUCCUACUGCAGCAAUGCAGUGUGGAGGCCAGAAGUAUGUUUGGCGUCGGUAAUCGGUUACCUGAGGAUCAAUUGCUUCUCAAGGAUGUCCAACACUCACGUCCCGCUGGCUUAAAUGAACAGCCCAGUGUGACGUUUCAAUAUGAGAUUGCCGAACCAAUUACUUAUAUCGAAAUUGUGUCCAAGGAAAACAUUUUGGCAGAGGUAAAAUUUAGCUAUAUCAAUCAAUUGAUUGUCGGUGUGGUGACUGGUUAUAAUGGCAAUACAACAACAAAAGCAACAAUAACAGAUCGAGCAAAUCCUCCACCUGGCUUCAAUGUAACAAUUAUGAUAUUUGGCCUAAACGAUACGAAAGAACAUAUGAAUCCAUCGCUAUUCAUAAAUCGUGAUCAACAAUUUGAGGGUGAACUAUUGCCCGACUACGAUGAAUUGAAUUCUUUCGUUGAAAUGGACUCUAAUCAGGAUGAUUACGAUGAUGAUUAUACCAAUACCGAAUUAUCGCUGAACACUUUGGCCGAGAAAUCCGAUGAAGAUGAAUAUCAACCCAAUGAAAAAUCAGAUAAAAUAAUUGAAAUUGGACGUAGGCAAAAGGACGAUCGAUUGGUGUACGAGACAUAUCAAACAUCGGCCGAUUCGUCCAAAGCGCCGACCAAUCACUCGGUGAUCUUUUACUACAUUGAUAGUGAAUCUAUAACUUAUGUCAAGUUUGUCAUAUUCGAUCAUUUCAAUACACAACAAUCAACGUCACCUGACUAUAUGGCUCCUGUGGCGGAAUAUAGUCAUUAUUCGAACAAUACGCUGAAGGCCAUUGUAAGCGAUUUCAAGACGACUUCACUGUUUGUGCAAAUGUUUGUCUAUGGUUAUCGUCCCAAUGAGGUUCCCCCCAGCUAUGAACCCUUCCUGCCACCACCACACUGGCAGCGAGCCAAGGAACCAAUAGAGAAGCCCCUACUUACGCCCAUGCAGCGUAUCCAGUUGGCCUUGUUGAUGGGCAAGUCUACAACUCCGCCGGCCUUUCCCAUGGAUGAGGAGAAUUUCGAUGAAGAUGACGAUGAUGAUGAUGGAGUAACCCGACGCAUUCGUCCCGAAGAUAUGGAAUUUAUUCAAGUCAGUCAGGAUGUUGGAGAAGCCAAAGAUGAGUCAAAUGCGGCGUUGCCGCAAUUAGACUUGGGGUUUGGGGCAUUUGUUGGCCUGUUUUUGUUAAUCCUGCACAACAUAGACAACUAAAUAGAUAUAUGCAUUGUACAUACGAUAGAGACGGCACAGCCCAUACUCUAUCUUGGCGGUUAGUUAAAGAGAAAUUGAAAGCUUUAUGAGUAGACGUUAGUGCAACAUUCUUGGUAUUUGUAUUUUAUGGAAUAAAUAAUUUUCUCUCCUAUUUA